AUGGACGAGACGAAGAAGGACGUUUUACCAGUGCUUGGUCUACCUACCUCGAUGGAGUCCUGCCGAGUAGCAGUGAGGAGUCCUGCUUUCAAUCCCGCUGAUCCCGAACUAUGGUUUGCACAGUUGGAAGGUCAGUUUACGCUUUCAAAUAUUACCACUGAUAGUACCAAGUACUACUACGUGCUAUCCCAGUUGGAGCCGCAACAUACUGCUGAAGUUCGGGAUAUUAUCGUUUCUCCACCAGCUACUGGGAAGUAUGAGAAGCUGAAGGCGGAACUCAUAAGGAGGCUUUCCGCGUCACAGGAGCGCAAAACCAAGCAGUUGCUAAUGCAUGAAGAAUUAGGAGACCGGAAGCCUUCCCAGUUCCUGAGGCAUCUUCAAUACCUGGCAGGAACCAACGUACCUACUGACUUCAUCCGCACAAUUUGGGCGAGUAGACUGCCUACUAACUUGCAAACCAUAGUAGCAUCCCAGUCGAGUAUGGAGUUAGAAGCCGUAGCACAACUAGCCGACCAAAUUAAUGACAUCGUUCCAGUAACCGGGCAAGUAGCUUGCGCAACAAAUACAAGUGCUUACCCGGAGGCUAGAAGCAAUGGAAUUACGUGGUAG